CUCUCUGGGAAAGACUUUUGACUUUUUUUUUUUUUUAUCUUAGAGAUUAAUCUGUUUAGUGUCACGGAUCAAUAAUCUGUUCAGAUUUCCCCCUGCUGAAUUUUAACAAGUAAUAAAAACACUAAAUUUGCAACUAAAGGUUGGUUUGAAAGCAACAAAUGUUGCUGUCACAGCAGUGUGAGCACUAACAACACAAUGACAGACUUGUGGAAACUCUGUCAAUGGCUGGUGGUCACAAAGGUUUACACAACUGUAAUGCAAACAGUCGGCCACACAGAACAUUAUGUAAGACCCCAGGUUUCUAAUGAAAUUUACACACGAUUAUUUCUGCAAGGCACAUUUGCUUUUUUGCAGCUUCUCCCUCAUUUGAAAUAACCCCAAUUGAUGAAUGAGCAAAUAAUCAAAGCAGUUUUUCAAUGUUAUUAAAGAAAAAUAAGCAGAAUAGUUUUUUUUUAACUUUUAACAAAAGGAUAGAAAAUCAUCAGUCAACUUAUUAUAUUGGAUUGAUUCAUAAUGCAUGGACUGGUAAUAAACAUAAAUGAAAACCUUCCUGCGUCACCUUAUCAGAGGAUUUAAAUCUAUCCAAAUGGUCCUGCUGCCUGGGUUCAGAUCCAGCACUCAUUUGCAGCAGGCUUAAUCUCUUUUGGCAAAGACUCAUUAAGAUUUCUAAAGACAGAAGGAAGCUGAAGUGGGUGAUCCAACAUUCAAACUGCUACCAAUUAGUAUGAGAAGCUGAGGUAUUUCAGCUGAUAAUUUUGUCUGAUAUUCUAUUUUCGGUCUGUUAAAAAAUCAGAAGUAUCGUUUUGUCCUAUCAGUUGUCCCUAUAGUGAAAAUAUUUAGAAAAUAUUAGCAAAUAAGCGGAAACUCCGUCUUCUUUUCUGGAAUUUUUGGAUUACAUUUUUACCUACUGGUUGAUUUUCUUUCGACUUUCUUUCUUUCAGCUAAGAAACUAACGGCAUUUAUUUAUUUUGUCUUGAUAAACACUGUUUGCUGUUGUUUCAAUACGAAACAGAAAAGAUCCGAGGUGCACAUGAAGGCACCGCGGAGGAGGCAAGUCUCUGUUGCUAUUGGCACUCAUUUGUGUUCCUCAAAACAGUCCCCGCCUCCAAACUAUUCAAAGGAAACAAGAGAAAUUGUAGUUGGCUCCACGCUGAAGCUCCAAAUUCGAUCAGCAUCUCCCUCGGCAGGUUUCAGACUCUGUGGGAGGACACCAAGAAAGUUAUUUUUACUUUUUUCAGUUUUCAUUUUCAACAACAAUGACGUUCAGGAGGCUGAAGAAGGUGAACUCCAAUGGACCGGACAGCGGUCCCGCAUCUCAAGACGACAUUUAUUUCCCUUCGUCAAAGUCGGACAGCUGCAGGACUAUGGACACACCGAGCAACUCCUCGGAGGUUUACAACUACAAGACCCUGGCUUACUCGGGGGGGACGCUGCCCAGAAACUACAAAAAGGGUGGCGGCUUACAGAAGUGGAAACCCCUUACGCAGACGCCAGAACCACAAAGGAAGGUGGUGGUCCUGGAGAAAAAAGAAGAGGAGGCAUUUGGUUUUGAGAUUCAGACUUACGGUCUUCACCAUCAGGACCAAAACUCUGUAGAGAUGUGUACGUUUGUGUGUAAGGUCCACAAUGACAGCCCGGCUCAGCAAGCAGGACUUAAAGUUGGGGAUACCAUCGCAAGUGUGAACGAAGCCACCGUGGAGGGGUUUCGACACAAGGAAAUCGUUCAGCUCAUCAGAGCCAGUGGGAACUCGCUCAGGCUGGAGACGGUUUACAGUGACUCAAUUCGAAAAGCUGAACUAGAGGCCCGGCUGCAGUAUCUAAAGCAAACGCUUCAUGAGAAAUGGGAUGAAUAUCGCUCACUGAUGGUGCAGGAGCAGCGCCUUGUUCAUGGUAUAGUAAUGAGUGACGCCGCCUUGUAUGAGUCCCUGGAGUCAGCCGGUGUGUAUGGCAGCCUCGGCGCUCCUAGCCCUGCGCUUCAGAGAGCCCUGCACUGCACAGGCAGCACCAGCAGCAGCGCCAGCUUUCUCAGCACGGCCACCGAGGAUGACCCUCUCUACCAAACCUGCAUAUAUCAGGCGGAUGGCAGCGUGGACUCUGACAGUGCAGAAAAAAAGAAAGAACAGUUACCGAAGCUGCAGCGCCUCCGGCCGACCAGCGAGUUCUUUUCAACGCCCAAGACGCAGCUGACCCGCAGCGCCAGCACUCGCAGCUACGUCAAAGGAUCGUCGUCGUCGUCCGUUCCGGGGGAGAAGCCGGGAGCCACGCUGCAGAGGAAGCCCAAACAGAAAAGCUUCCGCAGACGCCUCCUCAAAUUCAUCCCCGGCUUAAACCGACCACUGGAGGAGGAGGAGAGCAAACUGUGAGCGGCAAACUGUUCACAGACAGCAGAACUAAAGACUUAAAGUAAUAAUUACUGCCAAACUAAAGUGCCAAAGAAAACAGCAAGCAACCCCAAAGAGUGAAGAAUUUAAGACCAAAGUGUAUUGGUUCUGUAGUUGCACCUCUUCCUGUUUAAAUGGGUAGACCAAUGGACAUUUAGCUACAUUCGGUAGCAUUCAGUGUUUUAUGGCUGUACAUAAGAAGUUUUUUUUUGUUUGUUCUAAGUUAUUUAUUUAUUUUUGCAUGUUCAGUUUAUGUUCAGAAUGAAGGAUGUCCCAGUUUGUACUGCAUGCACGAGUUUAAUUUUGACAGCUGAAUAAAACACCAAUGAUCACUGUAAUUGCGUUGCAGAACAUUUUGUAAGAAAAAACUUUGAUAAUGACUUCAGAUGACUCAGGCUGAUCAUAUUUUGUCUUCUCUACUCGAGGUCACGGUUCCCAAAAAUAAAACCUGUGGCUGAUGAUUAUAUGCAUAUUAUUUUGUGCAGAACUUGCUUGAAAAGCUAUUUUCCUCCCCAAGCCACAACUGUUUGUGGGAAUUGUAGCUGCCAAGCUUAAAUUAGUGCCAAGACCCCGAGUGUACACACAAUCUGUAAUUUCCCCUGGUGGAGAUGUGCUCUGCUCCAUGUGAUGCUUUUAAAUAUAGUAAGCUUUUAUAAUUUCACAACUCUUCCACCGUUUAAGAAUCUUAUCAGCCGAGUUCUGGAGGUUAGCGUGCGGCUUGGGAUGCUUUAGGCUUUUUUUGUGGUGUGAGAUAUCCAGAAUGGAAGCUGUUGUAUCUGCUCUGACACAGUUUAUUGUUGUGAGAAUAGUGAGGAAUGUGCAGAGAAAGGCAUGACCCAGAAUUCCAAACACAACCGCUUUCUUUCAGCUCCUGCAGGCGAAUGCUGAUUCCUACUCUUCCACACUACCAUAUUCCCAUGGCGGCUUCAGUUGUCCAAAGGCUCGCUGGGUGUUGGGGUGUGUGAGCGUUUGUUGGGCGGGGGUCGCUUGGAGUCUUUUCAUUCCUGGCUCCCAGCUGACCCAUGAGGUCAUGGUGGUCACUCUCUCAUUGGCUCUGUUGGGUUGAUCCCUUUUGUCCUCUACUGCUCGUUCACAGAUGCAUUAGGAGUGACGAUGCUGGUGAGCGAUGGUAUGUGGACAUGUGUCAAAGCCAGGCCCUCUCAUCCUCGUUUUUCUAGUGAGAAGCAGAGGAAAGGACGUCGUUAUAAAGGAUUGUUAUGCGUGUGUGUUGGUGCUUAAAAUAUGGGGUUGGAGUGAAUGGGCCAAAUGUGUAACGAGGGUUUAAUUAGUCAAGAUAAUUGUCUUUAGUGCACAAUGUGUGGAAGAGCUAUAUAACGGAGAUGUGGGGCCCAAACAAGCAGGGUGCAGUUGAUGCUCAGCAAUUAACACCACAGGAGAUUAGGCUAGGCGUGUGGUUGCUGUUGCAAAUAUUUGCAUGACACCCACAAGCUUAAAGACUGCUGUUGACAUAAAGACUAAGUGGAGAAUUUGUUUUAGUCUUUGCACAAGUGGGUUUGACAGGUUUGCUUCAGUUUCUGCUUCUUGUGCUUCGUGAACUAAUUACUAAUAAACUUAACUGCCAUCUCUACUGUCACAAUAGUUUAUGACAAUUCUUAGUAAGCUGGAUUAUAAACCACCUUCUCUCACAAUGUUUAAGUGGAAAAGCAGCUUCAGAAUUGGAAGUAGGUGAUGCAGGUACAUGACUAAAGGGAAAUUAACAGAAUAUUUUCCAGGUUUUUUUUGUUUUGUUUUUAUAUAUAUAUCACGCCUCGUCUCAAGAUGUUUCUACUCAAUUUAAAAUAAAAAAUCCAACGCGGAACAUGAGACUUUUCUAGCUUAAAUUUCCACUUCACUGCAUCUGACGUGUGAGAUGAUGGGCCACUGGGAGCAGUCUACCCGCUAAUGUAUGUAGCACGAUGUCACCUGAGGUGAAGUCCGGUGAUUUUAUAGACUGCAAGAUUUGGAAAUGACCUCUGGGGCCAGCUCUUGUGAGAUGCCUUUAAAAGCAUUAUUGAGAACUUUCAGUUGUGUGUGUAUGUGUGAGCUGUUUGUCCUAUUCAUGUCAUACUUAGUGUGAGUUCCCUCCAGACCAGGAAUGUCAGACAUGUGGCCUGAAGGUGAGAACCGACCCCGAAUCUAGAUUACUAAAUACUAAUUGCUUAAUAACCUCAGAAAGCAUGAUAAUUAUGCUAAGUCAAUAAUAGCUUCAGUUUUAUAGCUCUUGGCCUGCAAUGUAUUUCUAGGUCUUGAGAAUGUCUUUGACUGAAAGGGUAAAAUACUGCGCUUGUUUAGAUUCACUUAUUGUCAAUGUGUGAAAAAUGCACAAAGAAAUCCUGCACACUACCUGGGUGGCUGUGGCUCCGGUCGUAGAGCAGAUCCGCUACUGA